AUGGUUGACUUUUUCUUGUCGAAUUUGCCUUAUGUUUCAACUAUGAUAUCUCUUCAAGCAAUUGACGAGUUCAUUAUUUGCUGUGAACCAAACUUAAGAGAACAGCUAUAUGAAACACUCAAAGACUUUCGUCCUUAUCCUUUAACUUACAAUUGGAAAGAAGAUGAAAACAAACGCGGUUCUUUCUCCUGGAAUCUUUCCAUUGUUGCUCCAGCUGGUGUAGCUGCACAUCCAUUCGAAAUAUAUCCAAAAUUGCAUUACGAAAACAAUAUGCAUAUUAUAACAACAGCCGCUUUAGAUAUUCCUGAACGGAUACCAGAUGGAGAAGAAGUUUCAAUAAUAUCUGUUCAAGCAAACCGAGUUGCAAUGCCACUUACAGUAUGCAAAUUCACUCACUCAAGCAGACAAUUCUAUCAAAAUCUUGAGUUCGUUUUUACUGGCACAGCCAAAAUGCUUCUCAAAAAACCAGAACAAACCAAAAUAACCAUCUUCUUAUCUGGUUAUUGUGAAGAUGAAGACAAUUCGGACGAAGAAGAAGAAGAGGAGGAGGAAACAAGCGAAGACUCAGACGAUAUUCAGUUCAUUUCCAUCCGUAAAAAACAUUAA